CCUCGCGGCGCCGGCUCAGGGGACCUGAACUCCGCCGGGGUUGCUCCCAGGUUGCGUUCGAAGGGCGGCAGCCGCGCUCGCCGCCAGCUGCGGGGACUCGCGUCCGGAUUGCGCUGCCUGCUGCCGGCCUGGGCGGUUGCAGCCCCCUUUGCUGACCGAGGAGUGGCGGCCGCGGCAGCUGCAUCCCCCGCCCGGCGGAACCCCCUGGGCGCCGGAGCGCGAAGGGAGGGUCCCGGCGCCGCCCGCCCGCAGCGGGCCCUCCGCGAGCGCCCGGGGCGCGUUCCUAACAAUGGUGCGGAGCGUCGGCGCGAGCCCCGCGUCCGCUCAGCGGAACUAGAGGAAGUGGCCGGGCUCCGGGCCGGUGGCAGGGAGACUCCCCCGCUGCUCGCUCCUGGAGUCUGCCUGCGCGCCGGGCUUCGCCGGCCCCGAGCCCCAGGCUCCCGCCUGUAUCACCGACGGCAGCUCGAGCCGGAGAGCAUGGUGCCGGCGCCCGGGUUAAUCUAGCCUCAGCGAGCUCCUUUUCCCUCCUCCACCUCCCAUCGGUGCUGCCUCUGGGUGCGCGGCGUGUGCGAGCACAACUCUCUGCCUCUCCAAGGAGACGGGUUUGUGACCACCUAACAGAACUUGCCCAUUGAAAGCAAACCCAGAACAGCUGGAUAAUGUCCACUCCGAGCAGAUUCAAAAAGGACAAAGAGAUCAUAGCCGAGUAUGAAAGUCAAGUCAAAGUGCAUGAGGGCACAUCAUGGAAAGUUUAUAGCACCUGACUGGCAAAGCCAUUAUGAAAUUCGAGCUCAACUGGUAGAACAGCAAAAAUGCCUAGAGCAGCAAACGGAGAUGCGAGUUCAGCUUCUCCAGGACCUGCAAGAUUUCUUCCGGAAAAAAGCCGAAAUUGAGACGGAGUAUUCUCGGAACCUAGAGAAGUUAGCAGAAAGGUUCAUGGCGAAGACAAGAAGCACGAAGGAUCAUCAGCAGUACAAGAAAGACCAGAACUUGUUGUCUCUGGUGAACUGCUGGUAUUUGCUCCUGAACCAAGUGAGGAGGGAAAGCAGAGACCAUGCGACCCUGAGUGACAUCUAUCUGAACAACGUCAUUAUGCGGUUCAUGCAGAUCAGUGAGGAUUCCACCAGGAUGUUCAAAAAGAGCAAGGAGAUUGCAUUCCAACUUCAUGAGGAUUUAGUGAAGGUUCUUAACGAGCUGUAUACGGUCAUGAAAACAUACCAUAUGUAUCAUGCAGAGAGCAUCAGUGCAGAGAGCAAGCUGAAAGAGGCUGAGAAGCAAGAAGAAAAGCAAAUUGGAAGAUCUGGUGAUCCAGUCUUCCAUAUUAGACUAGAAGAGAGACAUCAGCGGCGAAGCUCUGUAAAGAAAAUUGAAAAAAUGAAAGAAAAGAGACAAGCAAAGUAUUCAGAAAAUAAGCUAAAAUCAAUUAAGGCACGGAAUGAGUAUCUGCUAACCCUUGAAGCAACCAAUACCUCGGUUUUCAAGUAUUACAUUCAUGAUCUUUCAGAUUUAAUUGAUUGCUGUGAUCUUGGCUACCAUGCAAGUCUGAAUAGAGCCCUAAGAACAUAUCUCUCUGCGGAGUAUAACCUUGAAACCUCCAGACACGAAGGCUUAGACAUUAUAGAGAAUGCAGUUGACAAUCUGGAGCCCAGGAAUGAUAAGCAGAGAUUCAUGGAGAUGUACCCUACAGCAUUCUGUCCACCAAUGAAGUUUGAGUUUCAGUCUCACAUGGGUGAUGAGGUGUGUCAGGUCAGCGCUCAGCAGCCGGUCCAGCCAGAGCUCAUGCUCAGGUACCAGCAACUGCAGUCACGACUGGCCACGCUCAAGAUCGAGAAUGAGGAGGUUAAGAAAACAACUGAAGCCACCUUGCAGACAAUACAAGAUAUGGUCACCAUUGAGGAUUAUGAUGUUUCUGAAUGUUUCCAGCACAGCCGAUCCACAGAGUCUGUGAAGUCUACUGUCUCCGAAACCUACCUGAGUAAGCCCAGCAUUGCCAAGAGAAGAGCAAACCAGCAGGAGACGGAGCAAUUCUACUUCAUGAAACUCAGAGAAUACUUGGAAGGUAGUAAUCUCAUCACAAAACUUCAAGCCAAACAUGACUUGUUGCAAAAGACCCUGGGAGAAGGCCAUAGAGCUGAAUAUAUGACUACAAGGCCUCCAAAUGUUCCCCCUAAACCCCAGAAACACAGGAAGUCCAGACCCCGCUCACAGUAUAAUGCUAAGUUGUUUAAUGGGGAUUUGGAAACAUUCGUCAAGGACUCAGGACAGAUUAUCCCCCUUAUUGUGGAAAGCUGUAUUCGGUUCAUCAAUCUCUAUGGUCUUCAGCAUCAGGGGAUUUUCAGAGUGUCUGGUUCCCAGGUGGAAGUCAAUGAUAUUAAAAAUUCAUUUGAGAGAGGUGAAAACCCUUUGGCUGAUGAUCAGAGUAAUCAUGACAUUAACUCGGUCGCUGGUGUCCUGAAGCUCUAUUUCCGUGGGCUGGAAAACCCCCUCUUUCCUAAGGAAAGAUUUAAUGAUCUGAUUUCUGGUAUCAGAGUAGAUAAUCUCUAUGAGAGGGCGCUUCACAUCCGCAAACUCCUCCUGACCUUGCCCAGGUCGGUUCUGAUAGUGAUGAGGUACCUCUUUGCCUUCCUCAAUCAUCUUUCACAGUACAGUGAUGAGAACAUGAUGGACCCAUAUAACCUGGCCAUUUGCUUUGGCCCCACAUUGAUGCCCGUCCCAGAAAUACAGGACCAAGUGUCUUGUCAGGCUCACGUGAAUGAAAUUGUCAAAACCAUCAUCAUCCACCAUGAGACUAUUUUCCCAGAUGCUAAAGAACUGGAUGGCCCUAUUUAUGAGAAAUGUAUGGCUGGAGAUGACUACUGCGACAGCCCGUACAGUGAGCACGGUACGUUGGAGGAAGUGGAUCAGGAUGCUGGUACAGAGCCCCACACGAGUGAAGACGAGUGUGAGCCAAUAGAAGCAAUAGCUAAGUUUGACUAUGUUGGGCGAUCAGCCAGAGAACUGUCCUUCAAGAAGGGAGCCUCGCUGCUGUUGUACCACCGCGCGUCCGAGGACUGGUGGGAAGGACGGCACAACGGGAUUGAUGGGCUCGUGCCGCACCAGUACAUAGUUGUGCAGGACCUGGAUGAUACAUUUUCAGACACUCUGAGCCAAAAAGCUGACAGUGAGGCCAGCAGUGGACCAGUCACUGAAGACAAGUCUUCAUCCAAGGACAUGAACUCGCCAACAGACCGGCAUCCGGAUGGCUGUUUAGCCAGACAAAGAAAAAGAGGAGAGCCACCCCCUCCUGUAAGGCGCCCUGGCAGGACCAGUGAUGGCCAUUGCCCCCUCCACCCUCCACACAUUCUUUCCAACUCCUCAGUUGACCUGGGGUCCCCAAGCCUGGCCAGUCACCCCCGGGGCCUGCUGCAGAACCGAGGCCUCAACAGUGACAGUCCUGAGAGGAGGCGCCGGCCAGGCCAUGGCAGUCUGACCAACAUCAGCCGGCACGACUCCCUCAAGAAGAUCGACAGCCCUCCCAUUAGAAGGUCCACGUCAUCAGGGCAGUACUCAGGCUUCAAUGACCACAAGCCACUGGACCCAGAGACGAUUGCUCAGGAUAUCGAAGAGACGAUGAACACUGCUUUGAAUGAGCUCCGAGAACUGGAGAGACAGAGUACAGCAAAGCAUGCCCCCGAUGUGGUGCUGGACACCUUAGAACAAGUGAAAAACUCUCCCACCCCAGCCACUUCCACUGAGUCUCUCAGCCCUUUGCACAACGUUGCCCUCAGGAGCUCGGAGCCUCAGAUUCGACGUAGCACUAGCUCCUCCAGUGACACAAUGAGUACUUUCAAGCCUUUGGUGGCACCCAGAAUGGGCGUGCAGCUGAAGCCCCCAGCCCUUCGGCCGAAACCUGCUGUUCUUCCAAAAACAAACCCAACCGUAGGACCCGCUGCCCCUGCCCAGGCUCCCACAGACAAGUCUUGCACAAUGUGAAAUCCAGCAGAGCAAGGUCAUACGGGGAGGUGAUUAAAAGAGAAUGCGGAUUAGUGACAAAAGUCAGUGAUCCAUAACUUUCCUUAGUUUCGUGCUUAUAACUGGAGAUCUUCUGGCUUUUCUAUGUUCUCAAAUGUAACAUCUUGAGAUUAGCUAAGUUAACAUGGGCAUUUGUAUUUUGUAAUUUCUUCUUUUUUUAAAUAACUGGACAUAUGUCAUUUUUAAGAAUACUUAGACUUGAAAAUCCAAUGCUGCACCACUCACCCCGGAGGCCACCCUGCUCUGCUCUCCACCCCCAGAGUGUGUCAGGUGUAGCAUAGCUCGACCGAGUCAGAAGUGUCUGGCUCCCAAGGCAUGAGAAGCUGAGUCCCAGGCCUUGGAAUAUAAGCAGUGUUGCUCUGUGGCACUAGGGGGGAUGGCUGCAAGGUGGUAACGGCAUUGUUUGGUAGCUGACAGCACAUCUGAUCCCAUGCUGUGGGCCAGGGUCCAGCUCAGGCUAAACAUUUGCAGUUACCACAGUGGGAUGGAUGGUCCGCGUGGGACUUGCAGACCUUCGCCUGAAUGAGUUGGAUGGUGGCCUCUUUCAUAAUGUUACUUACCUGGGUCCAGGCUGAAGGCCUAGUGGAAAGAGGUAGAGCCUCUGCUGUGACAGCUUGAACUGAAACUGGGAAAGGAGAAACAGACGGUCCCCAGAGCUAGUGUUGUGACUCCUUCCGAGAGUCGGACCAGGCCCCGAAAGAUUUCCAAAGCCAUUCCCUGCAUUCACAAAGGACUAGAGCAGCCACAUUUCAAAGACAUUCUGCUUACACUCCUCCAUAAUUCCUUCACAGAUCUGUUGUUAAUAACUGCCUAGAAAAUGCUGCUAGCUCCCCUAGAUCCCAGUGCUCUCUGUGGAAAUGGACGGAGCAAGCAGCACCCAGCCCGGGGUUUACUCAGCCUUCUCUCCCCCUGACUCAGUGACGGUGGUUCCUUUAAAUGCACUGCAGAGGCCUGAUAAUGCUAAAUCGAAUCCCCAGCUCUCCUCUCCGUUUGCCUCUUUGAGCCAAACUAGAACUGGCUGUGGUGCUGGCCAGAGUGGGAAGAUUAGCUCAUGGUUCCAAGAGAGCCCCUCCCAAUUCUACACCCUAGAACCAUGACCUUUUUCUUUUUUUUCAUGUGGUCUCUAUAUACAGGUGAGCUCCAUUAGGGACCCUCUUUCUCUGACAUCCAAACAGAUAGACAAUUUUUCUUUUUCCCAUAUUUAUAUUUUCCCUCUAUCUUAAAAAGAUGGCUUUGGAUUCUGUUGUUUUUACUAAGGUACAAAUCACCACUGUCCUACCAGCAGCAGUUUAUAUCUGCAAACCUGUAAGCGUUUUUCUACUAUAUCAUUGAACUUACUAAUGAAGAGCUUUUUUUUUUUUUUUAAGAAAAAUAGAUGACUCAGAACUAGUCUCUCUGGACCACUGUUGAUUGCCUUCUAGGUAUGGUUUCAAACUGGCAGCCAAUUUCAUGCCCAUGUGAGAGUUUUACAGCAUGGACUUUAACUUACCAAUCCAUUGGUGAAUGCAUCAUGCAAAAUGAGGGUCUACUAAAAAUCAAGAUCGUUACUUUGAUCUCUACCUCCCGUUUGCCAAUCUAAUCCUAAUGCAGAGAGAGAUUAAAUCAAUGAGAGAUUGUUGUUACCUUUCAAAGUUAACACUGCUGGUUGCUUACCUGCAGCCGAAAUUCAUAAAUGGAUUGACUAAGGAAAACACUGGUCAAGUAUUGCCAUAUAUGGUAAACUUUUAAACCUCUGAGUUUUCUAAGCCAUCCUUUUUGCCAAUUUUGAAAAAGAUGCCCAACUCAGCAUCUUGUCCAACCCCUCAUCAUUUCUCUCGAGCUUCAGAAGUCCUUCAGUUGAAUAGCAUGGAGACUCAGCCAGAGCUAAGCUCUGAGAGGCAUUUAAGCCUUGUAAACAAUCUCCCAAAUUCCCUAGGAAACUUUAACUUUCCUAAAUUACCUCCCAGUUCUUUCCCAAUUGUACUUCGAUUUCUAAUUCUCUAUGACUAAAUGGCGAAACAGAACCAGAAAUAAAGGUGGAAGUAAUGGGGGCGGGAACUUUAAAUCUUUUAGAAAGUAAAUAAGGAUUCUUAAAAGCUAUUUUCCAUCUUUGAUGGAAGAGUAAGAUGUUAACAGGGCAUAACAAGGUCAGAGGUGUUAAAAUUUAUAUAAUAAUUUGUUGGUGGGGUCAGGGAAUCUUUAACGAGCUUUAACGUUAGUGUUUCAGAUCUCACUCCUGCAAGCGCAUUUCUUCAGGCUUGUCGCUGGUAAUCCUCCCGUGUGUCCGGUCUUUGGUGUUUACACCUGCAAUGGAAUGAGAACUGCCUUCCUACACCAGAUCAGGACUGCCGCCUUGAGUGGCUGAGGACAUGCUGCUCUAGCCCCUCAGAGCCUCAAAGGCUGCACCUUAUUCCAAGAAACAGCUUCUAACGCCUUCCCGUUAAUCCUUACUUUACUUGUCUCUAUUCUCUCUGUUUUCUCCCUUUCCCCCUGUUGUAAUGCUGAGACUUUCUUUUUCCAAUUCCCAUGAAGGAUGUUACCUCAGAAUGAGUACUCAGUAAGGACUCGCCUGUCCUUAGUCUUUAGGUUCCAGGGAUGAGACAAGGUGGCCACUUCACAAAGGAUCCAAAAUGACACCCAGUAAGCUCCAUAAAAGCUUCAGCCUCUGAGAGGAUUCGCCUGGUACAUGCCUUCUUUACAGCCAUAGGUAUAGCAUGCAGUGGGGAGACGGGAAGGUACAACGAGUGGGGAAAGGAGAGAAAAUGAGUCCUUAAGAUGUUAUGGCCCCAGUUUCAAGGAUCUUGUCAUUCCUUGUGCACAGUUUGGGAAGGUGAUCAAUCUGAUGGUGGGUAAAUGAUGGUUCUACAAAAGUCACCUGACUCCAUUUACACAAGAAUAUGCAUUCAAAGCUGCUACACCUCUAUGUCCAUAUCCCAUUCUUAGAACUCAUUGAAGUAGGUUUACCAAGUUGAUCCUUUUUUUGGUUUGGGUGGGGAUGUUGGCAGUGGGUUAUUAGGAUAGAGAGAAAGAUACUUAGUACACAUUUUCUGAUGCAUAUUCUAUAAGUUGUUUCAACCUGUUCAAUAGCCCACUGUAGAGCACCAUAUUCAGGUUCAGUGUCAACACCAUUGCUGCAAUUGUUUUGCACAUUUUCACACAAUGUAACGCUGACUUCUGUGCCCCUGGAGCUCUACAUAGAUGGAUUUACAGCAGAGUCCCACUUAAUCAACUGCAGUGAAUGGGAACAGUUAUCAAUGGAUAAAGAGUUGCAAGGAUUAAACUAUCAAUUAAGAGUUUUCUGUCUUUGUACACUUGCUAUUUCCAAAAUAAGACUUGUAGUAAAGCAGGGAUGGUUGUGGUCUCCUCAGCACUUCGGAAUGACAGCCUCUGAAACCCAGCAUUAGAGUGUACGGAUCUGUUGAGGGGUCUAGAAGACCUCAGAUGUGAAAUGACCUUCAUUUAUUUCUGACCACAGUAGUGAGAGGCCCUGAAUGCAAGAAAAGCACUUGGGACUGAGUCUUGUUCUGAGUUACCCACCGCAAAGACCCCAAGCCAGGGAGCAGCUUAGCAGUGAAGGCUCUACCCUUGUGUAAAAAAGCUCCCUCCUCCAAACCAAGCCCCCGCCCAGCCAAAGAGCCCUCCUCCAGCAGGGCUGGGCAUCAGGCUGGGUCCUGGGUGAUGCGUGGCACAGCUUCGUUCAGAUUGGUAAAACAAACUGGAAAUUGAGCUUUCACUUACCCUAGCACACUUAAAAAAAAAAAAAAGAAAAACCUCUGGUGUCCUGGAGCUGGGUACC